GUAUACUCCCUCUAGUGGCAGCAACUUCACUUCUCAUUUGGAAUUUUGAAUAAAGACAGCCACAGAAAACGCAAAAACUCCAGGAUGCUGUGGACGCUGAAGGCACUGACCACGCUGCUGUCCUUGACGUGUCUGCGGGCGAUCGAGGAGGAGGACAUCAGAGCGGGCUGUAGUACUGCAGUCAAUGACCUGGUGUACAUCCUUGACGGCUCGUGGAGUGUCGGCACCACGGACUUCGAGACGGCCAAGCGUUGGCUGGUGAACAUCACAAGCGGCUUCGACGUGGGUCCGCUCUACACACAGGUGGCCGUGGUGCAGUACAGCGACACGCCGCGGCUGGAGAUCUCGCUGGGCCAGCACCAGAGCGCGGCGGAGCUCGUCACCGCCAUCCGGGACGUCGGCUACCUCGGUGGCAACACGCAGACCGGACGCGCCAUCAAGUUCGCCAUCGACCACGUCUUCCCCACCUCCACACGCUCUGAGGCCGUCAAGAACCGCAUCGCCGUAGUGGUGACGGACGGCAAGUCACAGGACGACGUGGUGGACGCCAGUGUGGAGGCGCGGGCGCAAAACGUCAUCCUCUUUGCCGUCGGCGUGGGCGACGAGACCACCACGUCCGAGCUGGUGGCCAUUGCCAACAAGCCGUCCACAGACUACGUGCUCUACGCUGAGGACUACACCACCAUCGACCGCAUCCGAGACUCCAUGCAGCAGAAGCUUUGUGAAGAGUCGGUGUGCCCGACCCGUAUCCCUGUGGCCUCCCGUGAUGAGAAGGGCUUCGAGCUGCUGGUGGGGAUGAACAUCCACCUGAAGGCCAGGAAGAUCCCGGGCUCCCUGGCGUCGGAAGCAGCCUACCACCUGGACAAAGGGGAUGACAUCACAGAGAACACCAGGGAGAUCUUCCCAGAGGGACUGCCCCCUUCCUACGUGUUUGUGGCGACCAUUCGUCUGCGUGCAUCCCUGCGCAAGGAGAAGUUCGACCUCUGGAGGGUGCUGUCCAAGGACAAGGCCACUCAGGCUGCAGUCACCCUAAACGGCGCCGACAAGUCUGUCACCUUCACCACCACCGACCUGGCCAACGGUCAACAGAAGAUCACCUUCAACGCUCCAGGGGUUGAGAGGCUCUUUGACGAGGGCUGGCACCAGCUGAAGGUGCUGGUCAGGCCCCGCCAUGUCACCUGUUUCCUUGACGACGUCCAGGUGCAGGACGAGAGGCUGGACCCGGUGGUGCCCAUCUACAUCAACGGAAAGACGCAGAUCGCCAAGAAGCUCAGCGCAGAGGCCACCGCUCCUGUGGAAAUCCAGAAACUGCGGCUGUACUGUGACCCUGAGCAGAGUGAGCGGGAGACGGCGUGUGAGAUCUACUCUGUGGAUGAUGAGAGGUGUCCACUGGACCGUGAGCCUGCAGUCGAAGAGCCAGCAGAAAAGGAGUGUGACUGCUCCAAAGGUAGCCCAGGACCACCGGGAUCUCCUGGACCAAGGGGCCUCCGUGGAGAGCGAGGAAGAGAUGGACCUCCAGGACCAGAUGGGAAGACUGGCCAGCCAGGGCCAAGAGGAGAGUCCGGAGAGCUGGGGGGCCCAGGGGUGAAGGGAGACAGAGGGGAACAAGGCCUUCCAGGGAUGCCAGGACCACCGGGACCCAAGGGUCCAAGUAUGGCGCGAUCAAACCUAGGGACCGUUGGGAUGCCAGGAAAGAGGGGAUUGCCAGGAGAAAGGGGAGCAGCAGGACCUAAAGGAGAUGCCGGACCCAUGGGGGAGUCGGGGAUCCCUGGCAACGACGGGCUAGACGGACCUACUGGACCAAAGGGUGAUAAAGGGGAACGCGGGUUGCCAGGUCCUGAUGGGACGCAAGGAGUGCCGGGCAUUCGAGGUCUUCCUGGACAAGCUGGCCAAACUGGACCUCAGGGGGAGAAAGGACCCCAAGGAGAGAUGGGGACACUCGGGCCUAAAGGACCUCCGGGGGCUGGAGGCCCAGUGGGCCCACCUGGACUGGACGGCCCUGAGGGACCAAAGGGCACGCCUGGUGAUCCUGGUGCAGCUGGGACUCCUGGAGAGUCAGGUCCCAAGGGCAUGAAAGGAGAGGCGGGGUUUCCAGGGUUACAAGGACCAAUGGGACUGCCUGGGUUCAAAGGCCAUAAGGGAGAGCCAGGUGAAGAGGGCCCUCGAGGAGAUCAGGGAGAGCGAGGCAGCGAUGGAACCCCUGGAAUCCCAGGCACGCCGGGUGAAGCGGGGCUCAGGGGAAGCAAGGGAGAGAAGGGCGUGGCUGGGGACCCUGGGCCCAGGGGCCUGGACGGGAAGAAGGGAGACGUGGGACACGUCGGAAUCGUCGGACCACGAGGAUCUCCAGGACAGGACGGGUUACCAGGACAAAAUGGCCUUCCUGGAUACCCUGGAAAGCCUGGAAAGCCUCCCUCCGAUGAGCACUUGCUAAAGCUGUGUGGAGACAUGCUGAGGAACCAGCUGCCCCAGUUGAUCCAGUCCAUGGUGCCCAGGAGCUGUGAGCAGUGUGAGACGGUCAAAGGGCCCCCGGGUCACCCUGGCACCCCGGGCCCCAAGGGCACCAUGGGGAACCCCGGAUAUCCAGGCAGGCCCGGCUCACAAGGAUACCCCGGACCCCCAGGCAUGCAGGGACCCCCUGGGGUCAAAGGUGACCCAGGACUGAAGGGCCUUAAAGGCAGUAAAGGUGAAGGAAGACCAGGUCAGCCAGGACUCCCUGGACCAAUGGGUGCCCAGGGACCGCGCGGAGGAGACGGGGUGGGGCUUGCGGGGGCCCCUGGGAUGCCGGGCAAAUCCGGGAUCCCAGGCCUUCCGGGAAAGCGUGGUGCCCCGGGUCCAGCGGGCAUGUGCGACAUGUCUCUGUGCUACCAGGCCUAUAGCCACAGGGAGGACCGCUUCAGCAAAGGGCCCAACUUCUAACCGCACACACACACACACACACACGCACGCACACACACACAUACCCUAUGGCGCUGUGAUCAUGACCUGCUCGCAGAGACCCAGGGGGACACAGGACGUCUGGGGGAAAUGGACAGCAUAUCAUCUCAUUCAACGUCUGACUGCUCCAACUUAGCGUCUCACAGUCGAUCAGAGUGACCAAACCAAAAGGCCAGUGCUGACUGUAGUGGACUAUUCUUACCUGUAAAACGAUGCUCUCAACAGCCUCCAUGUGCCUUGAUUAAAGACUGACGCCAACUUGUCAUGACAUCAGGAUGUUUUUACGAUUUAGAACAUUUCUAGUGUAGAAGAGGAUAGCUCUGAAUACUAAUAACCAUGACAUGUUGGACAGAAACGAGUACAUAAUAUGCACUGCCUUAGUUAAGCUACCUCCAAGCUGGACACGAGGCAUUUUGUAUAGUGGAAUAAGGCACCCUAAGCGAAGUUAGGAUUCAGUGUUUUAAUUAUAUGGAUAUGCUAUUCAGAGACCUUUGUCCGAUUUGGACUUAAUGUCUGCUUAUCAUGAUUAGGCCACAGCGGACCGAGACAUUUGGCAGCCGGUAAAUUGAGCAGACUUAUGAUAGCCUAUGUUUUUGUCUGCUGAGGAUAAUCUUAAAAGGCAUAUAGUGCGUAGCAAUGUAAACAACCUGAAAGCAAGUUAUGUAAAUAUGACCCAUAUGGAAACGGUAUGGAUGUCAGAAUAUAUUAUUGAGUUACCAAAGAAUCCAAAAGUGAGUUGGAUGUAUAGGCCUCUAUGGAGCUAAACGACUCAGGAAUUUCUUUUGAUACUAUUUGACACAGUCAUUCCCAAACUAUCUUGAGUUCGAGAGUUACAUUUAUGUUAUUUUAAUCACUACUAAUAUAUAUUAUAUAUAUUUGUUUUUUUCUGGUAUCUUUACAGACUGUAUACGUAUACGCUAAUAUGUAUAUUGCCUCCCUUUUGGGAUUUUACAUUUUAAACUUUUUUCUAUUCGGUGGAUGAUGGUGUUUACUUAUAGUUUGGGUCAAUGGAGAUAGAUCUCAUUUUAUUGAUAAAUUGGCAUUGAACCAAAUGAUUGCAAAUGAAUGAAAGCAUUGUAUUUCCUCCCGUCCAGGAUCUCCUAAACUGUGAUUGGUGGAGCCUUUGUGGUGUGUGUGUGUGUUAGGAUGUGUCUGUCUGUCCAUGAUUAAUGUGUGUAUUUGUGUGUGUAUAGUGUGUGAUUGUGUGUGGUAUGUAUGUUUAUGUAUGUGUGUGCGUCUGUGUUGAUUUUGUCACAUCUCUGUUUUACACAUUCCCUAUAUUUCUGACAUCAUCAUUAUCAAGCCCCUUCUACACUCAGCUAAAAGAUAAUGGUCUAGUGUGUGUGUAUGUGUGUGGUAUGUAUGUUUGUGUAUGUGUGUGGUAUGUAUGUUUGUGUAUUGUAUGUGUGUUUAUCAAGCCCUUUCUACGCUCAGCUAAAAGAUAAUUGUCUAGUGUGUGUGGUAUGUAUGUUUGUGUAUGUGUGUGUGUACAGUAUGUGUGUGGAAUGUAUGUUUGUGUAUGAGUGUGUGUGUGUGUAUGUGUGUGGUAUGCAUGUUUGUGUACUGUAUGUGUGUUUAUCAAGCCCUUUCUACGCUCAGCUAAAUGAUAGUGGUCUACUGCACUUCUCAGCUAAAAAAGAAAGCAAUGUCUUACACAUUAUGUCUCUACAAAAUGUUAAUACUUUAAGGCAUGUAAGUUAUGUUGAUGUAGAGGAAUCUUUACUAAAAUUAUGAAAAUAUAAAUAAUUUGUACUUAUUACAUUUUAAUUUGUAAAUGUUCUGUGCAUGCUUGCAAGCAGCAAAUCUUCAGCAUAAAAUAUGAUUUCUUUGUAUAUGUAAGGACAUUUUUCAUACCACAAAUGUUAUAUAUGUAUUUUUUAUUAGAUAUGUUUGGUUUCAGUUUGAAUUAUGCUGUUUAUAAGUUCAGCAGGGGGCAAAUAAUUCUCUAUUUUACUUGAAGUCAUUUGUCGACAGAUUUUUAUCAUAAGGAAGGUAUUAUAUUCACAUUAUUUUCAUCAUAUUUUUUCCUUUAAACAUUAAAACAAAUAAAUUCAAAUGAGGUGAGAUUAUGUGGUAUGCCAUUGGUUUAUUUUUCAUUUUUCAAUGUUAAUAUGGUGCUUUAUUGAUGUAACAAUUGUGUUGUUGUUACAGAGGAAAUUAAAAGUAUUUCAGUCAUUUUCA